GGAUGUAAAGUUUUGUCAAUCAAGGUGUAGCUAGUAACAAACCUCUCCGUUGCUUAGCUAAAACUGAUACUGCUUUCCACUCCGUGGCUGUAGAUUUGGAAAUAAAAACGUGGUGAUGUGACACAGCAAAUAAGAGGACGAGGAAGUUCCAGAUAUUUCGCAAAUAAUAUAUGAAAUGUGUAAAAUAGACGGGUUAUUGCAGAGACAUUCCUUUUACAGCAAGAUCAGCCAGGCAGGUAUUUCCUAUAGGCGCGAGCGCACUGACAUCAGGAAAGGUUAUCGUUAACCAAAUGCUUUGCCAACUUCCAGUUCCACUGUCCAGGCUUUUGUUUUUAGGUAGCCUAGCUGGUUGAGCAACAACGAUGCAUGUGUUUGCGAGCAUUGGUUCAUUUCAGUUUGUGAAUGGUUGAAUAGACUUGGGCUAUAAAGGAAGUCAUAUCCUAAAUCAAAGAAAGAUGACGGAGAAUCACACCAGCUACAUAACCUUAGCUAACUGAGAUAUUGGAUUUGCAAUACAUUUUGGCCAGCUAAUGUUAUGUAUUUUGAUUGCCAUAUAUAUCUGCUCACCUGGUUCGUUUGACUAAUUUGGCCUCCCCAAAUUCAUAGAAAGAAAUAUUAGGCUGGGUAAUUGCUGCAAGGUAGCUUAAUUAAACUUGAUGUGAUGUUAGUGUUAGGCUAUAAAUAGGCGGCUAUCCCUACUCAUUUAAUUAUUUAGCGGAUUUUUUCACGCGCUAAAAUAGCAAUGGUUGCAUAUUUCACUCAUGUCACUCACGAUUAGCGUUACCCCACCUUUAACGUUUCUUUGGACUGCCAUUGGUUUUUAUUUUUUUUAAAAUCUCCAGGUCAUCACAUGGGAGCGCCAUUGACUCAAUGCCAGCAUCAAACUGCAAGGACAGUGAUAGAAACGCGGAAAAUCUCGCUGAGCCGGGCUCAAGAAAAGUUUGUCAAUUGAGAGAAUAUACCGACCGACCACUUAGCCUAGGCUGUUGUUCAUGUCCGUGACAUUAUCCCCUGAUAACUGUCUGUAUGUGAACAUCGGAACGCCUCCGCUACAGCCGUUGCACCUGUCUGCACAGCAGCAAGCCUUCAUCGGAACCAUAGCCCACACACUCUACAGACAAGACACUUUUCACAGGACAACAGAAAAUAGGAGGAUUUGGAAUUGUAUUUAUUUACUUGAACACUUUCGGGCUGAAUGCAUCCCGGCGAAGCAUUGGUUAGGCUACAUCUUUGCUGACGAUUAAUUGAACAAGCAUGCCGAACUACAUGGCAAGUAUAGUUUUUGUUUGUGGCCUGUUUUGCCCUAUGCUAUAGUCUAUUAUUUUAGACUAGCCUACUGAUUCUGUUGGAGCAAAAGCCUAUAGCUUUCAAAACUGAACCUAAGGGCACACACAUCAUAGCAAAACUAAUUCGCCAAUGAUGUGGUUUCCUACCUAGCGGUUACAACUGCCGGAAACAUUUUUUAAUGGAGUAAAUCACCAAUACGGAUCCAGGAUUCAACUAUGCCUGUAAGACAAAAAGACACAGCUAGGGCCCUAGGCCUUUUGGAAGACUACUGUGCUAAACUGAGGAAGCCAGAGGAACAACAGCUCAAAACUUCCAUUCAGAGAGUGAUGGGGGUCUUCAAAAGCAGCCUGUUCCAAGCACUGCUUGAUAUCCAGGAGAUCUAUGAGGUGACGCUAUUGAACACCCAAAAGAGCUGCGAGCAGAAGCUGGAAGAGAUCAACCACAUGGCUGACAAGUGGGAGCAAACAGGCACGGGCUUCCCCACCACGGUGCUACAACAUUCCUGCCCAACAGAGAUGAGGGAGCGGAGCAGCUCGGAGCCCAGUAGGAAGGUGCAGACCGAGAUCAGUGUAAAAGUCUCUGAACAGUAUCGUUAUGAAGAUGAGGACUCUCCGCCUGAGCACGGGUUCCCGCGGCUGACCAACGAGGUGCGCGCCCCUGAGUUGGUGCACGUGUCGGAGAAGAACCUCUCAGAGAUUGAGAAUGUGCAUGGCUACGUGUCCCACUCCCAUAUCUCCCCUCUCAAGGCGAGUCCCGCCCCAAUAAUUGUCAACACGGAUACUCUGGAGUCUGUACCUUACGUGAACGGGACAGAAAUUGAAUAUGAGUUUGAAGAAAUCACGCUAGAGCGGGGGAACUCAGGGUUGGGCUUCAGCAUAGCUGGAGGGACAGAUAACCCCCAUGUCGGCGAUGACCCAGGGAUCUUCAUCACCAAGAUCAUCUCUGGUGGCGCGGCAGCAGAGGAUGGCAGGUUAAGAGUGAAUGACUGCAUCCUGCGGGUGAAUGAUGCCGACGUGUCCGAGGUGUCCCACAGUAAGGCUGUGGAGGCACUGAAGGUGGCCGGCUCCAUCGUCAGCCUCUACGUUCGCCGGAGGAGACCCAUGCUGGAAACUGUCAUUGAGAUCAAACUCAUCAAAGGACCAAAAGGGCUGGGCUUUAGCAUCGCAGGAGGGGUGGGCAACCAGCACAUCCCGGGGGACAACAGCAUCUAUGUAACUAAGAUCAUAGAUGGCGGUGCAGCACAGAAGGACCAGCGCUUGCAGGUUGGAGACAGGCUGCUUAUGGUGAACAACUACACUCUGGAAGAGGUCUCCCACGAGGAGGCAGUAGCCAUACUGAAGAACACGUCUGACGUUGUCUACCUGAAGGUGGGCAAGCCCACCAGUGUUUACUUAUCAGAUCCCUAUGGGCCACCUGAUAUCACGCACUCAAUGGAAAAUCAUAUCUCUUCCGUGGGAAACAACGGCACUCUGGAAUACAAGUGCAGUCUUCCCCCCAUGCCCAUCUCCCCCGGAAGGUACUCCCCCCUCCCAAACCAACUACUCGGGGAAGAGGACAUAAACAGGUUGGAUGGUUUUUCCUUCUUACGAAAUGCCUCAAUAGAUGACGGAGAGGGUCACAGGUUUGAUUCGCAGCACUUCCAGUUGAGGCCUCCUGAGCCAGUUUACAGCACUGUGAACAAACUGUGUGACAAAACACCUUCUCCCCGCUGCUAUUCCCCCAUGGAGUGUGACAAAAGCCUCCUCCACUCCAUACCCUUCCCUCACUAUCACUUAGGCCUGCUCCCUGACUCCGAGAUCACCAGGGAUCCCAGGAGGAUGGUCCUCCACAAGGGCUCCACAGGCCUGGGAUUCAACAUCGUGGGCGGGGAGGACGGAGAGGGCAUCUUUGUCUCCUUCAUCCUGGCGGGAGGGCCCGCCGACCUAAGCGGAGAGCUGCGGAGGGGAGACCAGAUCCUGUCGGUUAAUGGCAUCGACCUACGCGGGGCCACCCACGAGCAAGCGGCUGCAGCACUAAAGGGGGCGGGCCAAACGGUCACCAUCAUUGCCCAGUACCGUCCCGAGGAACUUGCUUUGUGCUCCCCGCGCCGGGCCCCUUCGCCAGCACCAGAGUACGGGCGCUUCGAGGCCAAAAUCCAUGAUCUGCGGGAACAGAUGAUGAACCACAGCAUGAGCUCUGGGUCCGGAUCCCUCCGAACCAAUCAGAAACGCUCCCUUUACGUCAGAGCACAGUUUGACUAUGAGAAGGCCAAAGACAGUGGCCUCCCUAGCCAAGGCCUCAGCUUUAGAUACGGGGACAUCCUCCACGUCAUCAAUGCCUCAGACGAUGAAUGGUGGCAGGCCCGAAGGGUGACCCCCGAUGGGGACAGCGAGGAGAUGGGGGUCAUCCCCAGCAAGAGGAGGGUUGAGAGGAAAGAACGAGCACGUCUAAAGACAGUGAAGUUCAAUGCCAAACCUGGAAUGGAUUCAAAAGGGUCAUUCAAUGACAAGCGUAAAAAGAACCUCAUCUUUACACGAAAGUUCCCAUUCUACAAGAACGAGCUGGGUGAGCAGGAUGGCAGUGAUUUCGAACGGAGUCAAGAGGACAUGAUUCUCUCUUAUGAGCCUGUCAUUCGACAUGAGAUUAAUUACACCAGACCCGUCAUAAUCCUUGGACCGAUGAAGGACAGAAUCAAUGACGACCUGAUAUCAGAAUACCCGGACAAAUUUGGCUCCUGCGUGCCGCCAGCUAACAGUUCAGGGCAUCGAGAUACCACUCGAUCAAGGAGGGACUACGAGGUCGAUGGGCGGGACUACCAUUUUGUAAUGUCCAGAGAGCAGAUGGAGCAGGACAUCCAAGAGCACAAGUUCAUUGAGGCGGGCCAAUACAACGACAAUCUCUACGGAACCAGUGUUCAGUCGGUCAAAUAUGUGGCUGAGAGGCAGGGUAAACACUGCAUACUUGACGUGUCGGGGAAUGCCAUUAAACGACUACAAGUAGCACAACUCUAUCCCAUUGCCAUCUUUAUAAAGCCCAGAUCCAUCGAUUCAUUAAUGGAGAUGAAUAAGAGGCUAACAGAAGAGCAGGCCAGGAAGACAUUUGACCGGGCCAUGAAACUGGAGCAGGAGUUUGCCGAGUUUUUCACAGCCCUUGUUCAAGGGGACACCUUAGAGGAAAUGUAUAACCACUGCAAAAUGGUGGUAGAGGAGCAUUCAGGACCCUACAUUUGGAUCCCGUCAAAGGAGAAAUUAUGAGAACACACCACUUUGGCAGGGAGAUUGGACUGCUAGAAACAAAAUACUUUGUAACUUAUGAUCAAUUGUAAUGGCAAUUUAUAUUGUUCCUAAUUAUAGCCAAUUAAUAUGAUUUUUUUUUUGUUAUUGUUUAUUCUUUUUUUCACUUUCAAUAUGAAUGUUCCUGAAUGUACACCACAAAGUUCAAAAAAACAUUUUUGGCCUAAAAAAUGUUACUGUUUGUAUAUUUAAUGAUUUUUAUUUUUAAGAAAAUAUUAAGGAAAUUAAAUAAACAUGGGCAUGUGUUCACCUCGACUGCGUGGAAUUUCAAAUGAAUUUUAGAAGAUGGCAGAUACAAGUCAUUGCCACACCAACAAAGGAGGGGAAGGAAAUAAUAUCAGCUUCUUUUGCUUUUCUCCACCCAACAGCUAGCACUUUGUGUCCUCUGACGCUCACCUCACAUCAAUAGUUGACAUUUUGUGUGACUGGCAUCUAUGCACUCACAUGGCCCUUGGACACAGUUCAUCAUACUCCUGCUAUUUUUACAUUGUUAUUUUCUAUUCAUUUUAUUAUGUUGUGAAUCCAGAUUGGUUGGACAUUUUAAAUUUGUUAUAAGAAUUUCAACUUUAUUGUUUAUUUUGCGGAUUCUUUCAUUGUUGAGAUGCUUUGAGAGGGCACAACAGCACAGAAAAUAUUUAUUAUAAAGAUGUAUAACUUUGAUUAAACAUUUUAUUUGAAAAAGGUA